AUGGUCCUUUGUCACCAAUGACAAGUUGACAACGAGUUCUAGAGUAAUCCAUACGCUUUCCACUUUCUUCUACACCUUCUUUCCUCUGUUCAUACCCUCCUUCCACAAUUUUGUCUUUAUCAAUUCCCUUCCUUAACUAGAAUCUUUAAAAUAUUCAUAUGUUAUCGCUUGAUCUUUUAUAUUCUUUAUUCGGGAGUAAUUUUUAGAAAACAGAAAUCCAAAAAUAAACUGGAGGCAUCGAUGGCAGUUCUGGAUUUAUUUAUUGUGGCAUUGAUUCCAGUACUCAAGACGCUUCUGAUCACUGCUCUCGGCCUUCUUCUCGCCAUAGACCGUGUUAAUAUCUUGGGCGACGCCGCUCGUCAUCAUCUCAACAACGUUGUGUUCUAUGUCUUCAUUCCAGCACUUGUGGGUGGUAGCCUCGCUGAUACAAUCACAGCCAGCAACAUAGUAUCUCUAUGGUUCAUGCCAGUUAAUAUUCUUCUCACAUUCAUAAUUGGAUCAGCACUUGGAUGGGUGCUCGUUAAAAUCACUAGGACCCCUCAACACUUGCAUGGUCUUGUAAUUGGUUCAUGUGCUGCUGGAAACCUUGGGAACUUGCUUCUGAUCAUCAUACCUGCUGUUUGUGAAGAAAGUAACAGUCCAUUCGGGGAUAAACAAACUUGUUCGACUAACGGGAAAGCUUUGGUUUCACUCUCUAUGGCUAUUUGUGCAGUUUAUAUAUGGUCAUUUGUUUACAACAUUAUACGUGCGUCAUAUGGAAACGGGAGUGGGAAAGACAUCGGCAAGGCGUCGACUAUCAGCAUUGAUUGUAGUGGUAAAACUUUAGAUAUGUUUGUGGAAAGUUAUAAUGAGUCGUUGCUACAGUCUCGUGGCUCGAGUUUUGAAGAUUGUGAAGCUCGUGAUGAGGAAUCUACAGAAGUGGAGGAACAGAACUCCGGAUUUAAAGAUGAUGAAGGGAUAAAGGUGACAAUGUUAACAAAGAUUAAGAAGCACGUGGAUAUGUUUAUAGAUAAAAUCAACCUCAAGAUGUGGUUAACACCCUCCACCAUUGCCACCAUCGUUGGGCUUCUGAUAGGGGUGAUCUCUCCGAUUAGAAAGUUAAUGGUCGGAGAUAACGCUCCUCUUCGUGUCAUCGACAGUUCAGCAUCUCUCCUUGGUCAAGCAACAGUUCCAGCCAUGACAUUGAUUGUGGGAGCUAAUCUUUUUAAGGGUUUGAAGCAAUCAGGCAUAGGGUUGUGGCUCAUUAUUGGAAUUCUAGUGGUUCGUUAUGUAGUUUUGCCACUCGUGGGCAUUGGCGUUGUAAAAGCAGCACAUCAUGUUGGAUUUGUGGGAUCUGAUACGCUAUAUCAGUUUGUUCUUUUGAUCCAAUAUUCGCUUCCACCAGCUAUGGCUAUUAGUACGAUAACACAAUUGUUUGAGGUUGGGGAAAGCGAGUGUUCUGUUAUCAUGCUAUGGACUUACGUUGUGGCCACGUUCGCUCUUACAUGGUGGUCAGCCUUUUUCAUGUGGCUCGUCUCUUGAUCGACGCUACGAUCAUCUACACAUUUCAUUAAGGAUAAGUUCUACAUCGUGAACUAGGGAACAAGAAGAAAACAUAUCCUAUCUUUUGUUUUGCUUUAUAUAAAUGUGUGUGUUGUGUGCAAAGCGAUGAAAGCUAUAUAUAUAUAUAUAUAUUUUACAAAAGUGUGUAUUGUGCAGAG